AUGGCUGAAAAUAAAAGUAAACAAAUGGAUAAUGCCGAAUAUGAAAAAGAACUCAAUUGGCCUGAAAUACAAAUAACAUUAACAAAUACUGCAAAUAAAAAGGAUUUAGAAAAAGGCACAAAGGCACGAAUUGAGGCUGUUCAGCAGUAUAUACGAUACCUUAUUAAUGGUUACCAGCCAACUAAAACAAGCGAAAUUGUACAACAAGGCUUGUCCUGGAAGCAAUGCCAAAAAGGUGUUUAUGUUGAUGGACAUGAGCAUCCUGAUGUUAUUAUAUAUAAAAAAAAUUUUCUGAAAGAAUUAGAAAGUUUGGAAUGGUUAAUGUCAACAUUUGAGAGUAAUAAUCUUGAAAGUCGAAAAGAUCCAGAACUUUUAUUCAAAGAAAAACUUCAUAUAUUAGUAACUCAUAACGAAUCAAUAUUUUAUGCAUAUGAUGCUCCCAAGUUUCAAUGGGUUGAAAACGGAAAGCAGCAAUUUCAAAAAAAAGGACAAGGCAAAGGAUAUCAUGUAAGUCACUUCUUGACAGAAAUGAUUGAGCAAUUGCAACUAACACCUGAAGAACAAAAACAAUACCUGCAUUUACCAAAAACUGUAAGAGAAGAUCUAGUUUCCGGUACUAGUAAUGAGGAAUGGUGGAACAUAGAAAAGUUAGUAAAACAAGUGAAAGAAAAACUUAUUCCUCUAUUCGAGGCUACUCAUCCUGAAUGCAUAAUGGUAGCUUGCUUUAAUAAUACAACAAGCCAUAAUAAAUAUGCUGAAGAUGCCUUACGAGCAAAUGUUAUGAAUUUAAAAUCAGGUGGAAGCUAUAAAAUUAGAGAUAUUAUAUUCAAUGGACAGCCCCAAACAAUGACACUUCCAGAUAGCAGACCAAAAGAAAUCAAAAUGGUCUUGGAGGAACAUAAAUUAUGGAAAAAG